AUGUCCCUUCCUUUACCCUCUUGUGUGCUCCGUGAGCCGUAUAAGAUUCGACGAUUGAAAAAUGAAAUAGUUCCAUCUGUUGAUCCUUCUGGAAAAGGGAAAUCGACUAAGAAUAAGAAAUCGGUAGCCAAAUCGGUUGCAAAAGAUGAUGCACCUGCUGCUGCUGCUCCAGCUGCGCCAAAGCCACCAGCAAAGGCUAUGAUUGUGGUUAAACCAUGGGUUCAGCGCACUCUUGACACUGGAGUUGCCAAUCUUGUUGAAGAAUUCCGUGGAUUGGCCAAAUGGACUCCAGAGGGAAUGGCAACAGAAGCAUUCGCAGCUAACAAGGAAAAGAACAGAUACCAAGAUGUUCCAUGUCAAGAUAAGGGUCGUAUUGUUCUGAAAUUCCCGGGACUCGCAUCCGGUCGUUCUAUUAGAGGUUUUACGGUAGUUUUCAUUUACAGAAAUACAAAAUUACCAUUUCAACUGUCUUGUAAAUUCCGCAUUUCUUGA